UUGAAUUUCAGAAAUAAUGUAUCGUGCGGCGCAUAAACUACUUUGUAGUCAUCGUACAACCCCGUUCAUACCGGUCCUUAAACAAUCUGAGCUUCUGUACAGUCCAGUCUACCCUCAUCCUGCACUUGUCAAUCAUUAUGCAACAGAUCCUAAUCGAAGACCGGGGUUUUUUGAAUCCUUACUGGACAAUUUAAAGCAAGAAUACUCUAAAAGUAAAGAAAUGAAAGAAAGUUUAGAAAAGUUUCGAGAAGAAGCAAAGAAAUUAGAAGAAUCGGAUGCAUUAAAGGAAGCGCGGAGAAAAUUUAUGAAUAUUGAGGGAGAGACAGCUAAAUCUAAGAAUGUUUUUAGGGACCAGAUAACUGAUUUAUCUGGUAAAAUCAAGGGUUCUGUUGAUGAUUUAUCCAAAAAUGAAGCCUGGAAGAAAGCGUCUGAGUUUACCGAGAAUUUGGGUAAGAGUACAACUAAAGCAGGAGAGAGCCUAGGCAAAGCUGCAGAAAAUUUGAGCAGAUCAAAUGCAUUUAAAACCGCUACUUCAGCUGCUUCUAACUUAAAGGAGGAGUUGGAAGGACAAUCUCUUGGAGGUCGUGUAUAUAGAGCUCCAGCUGUAUUAAGAAAACGUAAUGAAUGGGAGUACUCUAAAGACGAUAAACCAAUUGAAGCGGAUUCCGAAACCAUUGGAGUUGAACUUCACAAGGACUCCAGGUUCUCACAGAGCUGGCAGAACUUUAAGGAUAAAAAUCCGAUGGUGAACAAGUUUGUGGAUUACAGAGUUCGGUUUGAGGAGAGUGACAAUGCUAUUGUCCGAUCAGCUCGUCUUCUCACAGACAAGGUUCAGGACAUGUUCGGGUUCAUCUUCACCAGGACGGAACUCUCCGAGGUCCUCACAGAGAUCGUUAAAAUGGAUCCAAACUUUGACAAGGAACAGUUUCUAAAGGAUUGUGAGAACGAUUUUAUCCCUAAUAUUCUGGAGGCCAUGACACGAGGUGACCUCGAGGUUCUGGAGGACUGGUGUUACGAGGCCCCUUUUAAUAUCCUAGCUACACCAAUACGACAAGCUAAACAGAUGGGAUACAUGAUUUCAUCUAAGGUACUUGAUAUUGAUAACCAAGUAUAUCCCCCUGUAUUGUGUCCAGUAACGGAAAAUGUAAUGCGGGUAACCUAUGUGUGGGUAAUGUGUCGGGAUCAGACUGAACUAAACCCUCGAGCAGCCUGGAGAUUACUAGAUUUAUCUGCUCAGAGUCAAGAACAGUAUAUGUAGAAUACAUACAGUUUAAACACAACAAAUGCAAGCGGGCUCAUAUGAUUUCACAAAUCCCUGAAAAGUGCAAACCAGCUUUUUUAGAGCUAUCAACCCAAAAUUAACCAGUUAGCGAAAAAUCUCUGCUUAUCCAAAUAUUUUAGCGUAGAAGGGCCGGGAUUUAUUAUGAAAUCGGAACUUUUUUUGGCUAACUAAUAUUGAGAUCGAUACAUUUUUUCCUUGUUGAAGUGGUUCUGAACCUUGACCUGGUUUCAGAAA